AAGCGCCUCUAAAGCUCUCCUCUGUGUCCGCCGGCUUCACGCAGCUGUGGCGCGGUCUGGGUCGAGCUGGUCUGUGCUGUACUGCGGGAUGAUUCUCUUUCUCUAAAAACCCACAAAAUCAUCGGAUUUUACGAUAACAUUUCAUUUUAACGUGUCUAAUCCAUCAGUGGAUCUGAUCUCGGUGAAGAUGAGUGGAGCGGCGUUCCCCUCUCCCACAGCCGAGAUGGCGGAGAUGAACCGGAUCCACUAUGAGCUGGAAUACACGGAGGGCAUCAGUCAGAGAAUGCGCAUUCCUCAGCAGCUCAAAGUGGCUCCGUAUAGCUCAGAAGAGCAGGAACUUCCAGAGCGUGAAACACUCCACACGGCAAUGAUGCACGUUCCCGAGAGAAUCGUAGUGGCAGGAGACGGUGAUAACAUGCAGUUUCACCGAGAUCUGGACCUCAUCCAGUCCACCCCGUUGGAGUCAACACUGUCCCUCAAGACGCCACCUCGGGUCCUCACGCUCAACGAACAGCCCUUUCGACUUAUGGAAAUGGAGCAGGCAAGCUCUGCAAGUCAGCCUAGCGAAGAAGUGCGCACGCAAACCAAGACACGUAGAGAACGCUCGGUCAGCGAGAACAUAGGUGUGCAACACAAUGGCCAGCUCGCCAGAAACGACUCCAUGGGUAUGACUCCCUCCCCCUCUGCUGCAUUGCGCACUAUGGCUCCCCUCGGUGGCACCGAGGAUGGGUUUAACCUCUUCAGCGCCCACGGUGUCUUUUCCUUCAUCCAGUCAACCACACGCCGGGCCUACCAGCAGGUCCUGGAGGUCCUGGACGAGAACCAGCGCAGCAAGCCAUCUCUAAGAGGGGGUUCAACCCUCUCUAACCCCCAGCAUGACAACAGGUAUGCCCUGGCCACGCUGGACUCUACUCUUGAGGGAGGAGCAGAUGACAUGGCUGUUGUGGACGCCACCUCUCUACGCAGACAGAUUGUCAAGUUGAACCGGCGUUUGCAGCUCAUAGAGGAGGAGAACAAAGAGAGAGCCAAGCGAGAAAUGAUCAUGUAUUCCAUCACUGUGGCUUUCUGGCUUAUCAACAGCUGGGUUUGGUUCCGGCGCUAAAGCUACAUGGACUCCACAAUGUGGGAGGGGCAAAAUCAAAACCCGCCCUGCUUCUAUGUGUCAAACUUUAGCCGUAUUUUAUAUUGGCUAAAACGUUUUGUUUUCUUCAUGGCAAAAGCGGUAAAGUCAGGGAUAGCUUUUUGUGUUUGAGUUGGUCAGCCUUUUUUUAUUAUUAUAAAUAUGUAUUUAUAGACUUUUUUUUUUUUAUUUGUACAAUUGUACAAUUGCUCUUUUUCUUUGUUUUGUAUGUUUUAAAUUCCUUUUUGGGGGUGUUUUUUUUUUUUUUUUUUUUUUUUUGCAUAGCCAGGCAUGAACCAGAUGUAUAUAUAUAUUACUUCACGUGUCUUUGAGCUUUGGCUGUAAUAAUUUUUUCCAUAGUUUUACUAUACAAAUUAGUAAAAUAUUACGUGAACUUUUACAAAGACCAAUGGAAUCGGACGUACUGAUAUAUCAAAGACAAGAGAAAUGCAUAAAAUGAAAUAAUAGUAACAUGUUAUGGACUGUUGUGAUUUUAGGUACAUUAUGUACGUCUGUAUGUUACCUUGCAUCAACAUAGAAUCCAUACUUGUUAGUGUGAGUUCAGUCCUGGUCAUUAUUUAUGUGAAACUGGUGUUAUUUCUGCUACAGCCCAUUUCUGCAGGAUAUUACUGAAAUUAUACAGAUUCAGUUUUCCUUUCACAGAGCCAUAAACAAUGCUUUUAUUUGAAUAAAAGACAACAGUAGUGAACUGCA